AUGAAUCUCACUGUUAACCACCACAGCAGGACCCCCGCGGCCGCAGCUGACGAGGAUGGCGCGGAUCAGAUCGGCUUUGAUACGCCCCGCUCCGGUGUGGCAACCCCUCAACCCGACCUCCAUGACAAACGCCUGCCGGGCAUUAUGAGCUACUUCGGCCAGGUUCGUACAGAUUCUUCUCACAAUUCUGUAUCUGCCCCUGUCGCGUCGGAUCGCAAUCAAAGACAAUCGCUUCCUGGUCCCUCAACGAAACAAGUCGAGACGGACGGGAAGGCUUCUCAGGUCAGCUCAGUGGAUGCUGUGCCCUGUGGCGAUCCUGAACCAACUUCCCCAUCACUUCCCCAUCAUCCCGAAGAGCGGCCUUCAUCACCAUACACCUCACCCAUGGCACUGGUUCAGACACAUCAGUAUCCGACCCCGCCGAUAUCAAGACGGUCGUCGGUGGGACUUCUCCAGAGGAGUCUGUCGUUGCGCUAUGGAGAGACACGGUUCGCUGCAUCCUCAUCGGCGCGACCGUUGCUCCAAAGAGGCGUCACGGACUACCCAAAGAAGUGUCACAGCCUCACUCUCAUGUCCCAACCUUCGAGCCUCCUCACAACAUCAGUCGUGCAUGCGCAUCACAUUUCCAACCCCAGUUUUCCCAAGCCCAUCACACCGAUAUCUCCCACCCAUUUCCACGUUGGUUCAGCGCAAAAAGCCACUUCCCUUCACAGCUCUUCAUCAGUUGAUCAGCUCAAGAAGCUAACACAAGUCGCGGCGUUCAAGAGCGGUCCACCAACUCCCACCAGGGCGCUUUCGGCCGCGCAGCCUUCUCAGGCGGAGGAGCGGUCGACCUCCAAGAGAAGCAGCAAUGAGACUGUGCCUCCCAGCGGCACGCAGACGCCCAGGAGCGGAACCACCGGGGCUCAGGUCCCCGCCGCCCGAGGCAAGCUCACGAUCAAGAUUGUGGAGGCUAAGGGCCUGAGACGCGCCAAGGACCCCUAUGUCGUAGCCGUAUUCCAGAGAAGCGAGCUCAUCUCGGGAGGCCCGCGCUCUGUCGAGGAGGAAGAGGACGUGAACCUGCCGGCGCCGUCCUUUGGAGGCAUUCCGAUCCAGAGGCAAGGAAGCGACUCGGGUCGGCCCGCCAUGUCGAUUCCGAUGCGCAGCCGUCAAAGCAGCAACACCAGUAUCUCGGACUACAACACAUUCCGCAACCGGUCACGGCGAUCUUUCACCAGCCCAAAGUGGGACGCCGAGGCAGAGUUCGAUGUUGUCGAUUCGAACAUGCUGGUGGACAUUUCUGUCUACGACCACAGCGCAAAUGGCGAGGAGUUCCUGGGCCAUGUGGAUUUCCAGGCGAACAGGGACUCGAACAACCCGGCCAACUUCCAAGGCUUCACCUUCGUGGAUGAGAGCGCCCUCGACGACCACAUGAGAGAUAAGAACCGAUAUGACGAUGAGGAGAUGCGUGAUUCCCACCAUCAGGACGAUGACUGGGAUGACCUCGAGGACGUGAACCAGAAGAGCAACCGCAUGAGUGGUAUCGUGCGCACAGCCAACAACGACGAGCAGAUGAUUGGGGGAGGACACUUUGACGAUUAA